AAACCCCAUUGACGCAAACUGCAUUAGCGAAAAAAGAGAAGAGAAGAAGAUGAUGAUGAACAAGGAAGGAUCAGAGAUGCUGACUAAAUUAGGCUCUGCCAUGGCAGGGAUCAUGUUCGUCUGGGCCAUGUUCAAGCAAUACUUCCCCUUCGAACUCCAAAUCCAUUUCGAAAAAUACGUCAAAAGCUGGUCAGCUUCGUCUACCCUUACAUCGAAAUCACCUUCCAUGAAUAUACUGAGUUCGGCUUUCAGCGGAGCAAGGUACCUGAGCUCCAAUUCUGCUGACAGGGCCAAGCGGCUCAAGGCCGAGAUGGUCGACGACUCUAAGAAGCUGGUUCUGAGCAUGGCCGAUUAUGAAGAGAUUACAGAUAAUUUUAAUGGAGUGAAGGUUUGGUGGGCUUGGAGAAAGGCCCUUCCUAACAGUCAAGUGAUCUCGUAUUUCCCCAGUGAAGACGAGAAGAGGUAUUACAAGCUCACUUUUCACAAAAGGCACCGGCAGAUGAUCACGGGGACUUACCUCAGCCAUGUGAUGGAGCAAGGGAAGGCCAUUGCGGUGAAGGACAGGCAGAGGAAGCUCUAUACUAACAACAGUAAAGAAAGAAAUAGAAAAUCCUUUGCCAGGUUAACU